AUGUGGGUGUUUCUGGCAUUGGCAUGCUUAAUCCAGCAGACUACAAAUUCAGAAUAUUCUUUCAAUAGAAGACAUUUGAAUCCUGAAGGAUUCAUGACGAUUCCUAAAAUCAUCCAAUAUUGGGGGUAUCCCAGUGAAGAGUAUCAAGUUCUGACUGAUGAUGGCUAUUAUCUUCAGUUAAAUAGAAUUCCUUGUGGAAAACACUGUCCCCAGCAUGAAGGGCCCAGACCAAUUGUUUUAUUGACACAUGGCUUUAUGUGGGAAGGGAGAUGUUGGAUCGCAAAUCUUCCUAGCAACAGCCUGGGAUUUUUCCUAGCAGAUGCUGGCUAUGAUGUCUGGAUAAUAAAUUUUAGAGGGACCACUUGGUCUAGAAGACACAAGGAGUUUUCCAUUGAGCAGCAAGAAUUCUGGAAUUUCAGUUUUCAUGAAAUGGCAAUUUAUGAUAUACCAGCAACAAUAAAUUUCAUUCUACAGAAAACAAAACAAGACUCUUUAUAUUAUGUUGGCCAUUCCCAAGGAGCAGGAAUAGGUUUUGUGGCUUUUGCGAGCCUGCCCUGCCUCACUGAUAGAGUGAAGCUCUUUAUAAGCCUUACACCUACUUACUCCUUGAAAGGUAUUACUGGGACGCUUGGUGUACUUGGAAGAAUUCCAGACAGAGUCAAAGAACUUAUAUGGGGCACUAAAGAAUUUUCCAUUUUAAGUGAAAGAGUAAAAAUCAGCAUGAUCCAUGCAUGCAGCUAUCCAGGGAUUGACCGACUGUGCCUAAACAACAUUUUCCUUGCAGGAGGGUUUAACAAGAAAAAUCUAAAUGUAAGUCGGGCAGAUGUAUUUGCUGGGAUCUUUCCUGAUUUUACAUCAGUAAAAAACUUGAAACAUUGGAGUCAGAUUAUACGUUCUGGGGAAUUUAAAUAUUAUGACUAUGGUCGUAAGAACAGGGAAGUAUACAACACGACAACACCUCCCUUUUAUAAAAUAGAAGACGUUCAUGUGCCAGUAGCCAUGUGGAGUGGAGGAAAAGAUAUUGCUACAAAAAGAAGAAAUAUUGAAUCAUUGAUGACUCGAAUCACUUAUUUAGUUUUCUAUACAGAUAUUCCUGACUGGCAACAUUUUGAUCCUAUCUUGGGUUUGGAUGCCCCACAACGCUGUUAUCCCGAUAUUCUUGAAUUGAUGCAGAAACACAAGCAUUAAUAUCAGUGUUGGAAUCUCUGGAGAAAACAA